GUGUUUAUGUACUGUAGCUGCCAGGCAGCCAUCCGGCCCGGCAUUACGAGACUGCUGCGCAUCGGCAGGCCCAGGGACCCCCCUCCUCCAGCCGUGGACCAGCCCGAGCCCAAGGCCCAUCUGAGAGGGACAAACCACGACCCACAGGCAGGGGGGGACGCCCCUCAAUGCUCCCCUCCCAGAUACGUGGAGACCCUGAGGAACGACGACCGGCUGUUUAGCAACGUCCAGGAAGAGAUACAGCAAGAACCAGUUGUAGCUGGGGCCACAACUGAAGGCAAUGACUCACAAGAAGCUAAACCCUCUCCAGCUAAAGCCAAACCCAAUGAGAGGGACGUGACGUCUGAAUCUAAGGUGGCUACUGACUGGGAGGCUGAGCAGCUGGCCAAGAGGCAGCCCUCAACAACUACACAAGGGAAUAAUACAUUGGAGAAGUCAUCAGAAGAGAAGAUGGUGCAUGGUGAAACUGAUAGGGUGCCUGUACAAGAGACUGAACCAACGUCACUAGCACUAUAGACAAUGUUCUUGUCAUUGACAGCAGUGCGCAAUCUCCAAUCCGUGAGUUGGAUGCCUUAAGCCAUAUAUGAAGAUGCAUUGUAUUUUUUUUAUCAA